GAAACAGAGAAAACAACUCCAUUCAUUCUUUCAUCGUUCUCAUCCUCAACCUCGAACCCUAACUUCUUUCGAAUUUGAUUCUCCAAAAUUGUGGGCAUCUUCUUCUUUUUCCUCCCAUUUUUGAAUUGGGAAUCUGCAAUUUCCCUUUCGGCCUCUGAGAUCCGAGGGGUGGAAUGGCGGAGCAUUUGGCAUCCAUAUUCGGGACGGAGAAGGACAGGGUUAACUGUCCCUUCUACUUCAAGAUCGGGGCCUGCCGGCACGGUGAUAGGUGUUCGCGGUUGCACACGAAGCCUAGUAUAAGCCCCACCCUCUUGCUUUCUAAUAUGUACCAGAGACCCGAUAUGAUUACUCCUGGUGUCGACGCGCAGGGGAAUCCAAUUGACCCUCGCAAGAUCCAGGACCAUUUUGAGGAGUUCUAUGAAGAUCUAUUUCAGGAACUGAACAAGUACGGGGAGAUUGAAAGUUUGAACGUUUGUGACAAUCUAGCUGACCAUAUGGUGGGCAAUGUUUAUGUUCAAUUUCGAGAGGAGGAGCAAGCUGCAAAUGCUCUUCGGAAUCUUAGUGGCAGAUUCUAUGCUGGACGCCCGAUCAUUGUUGACUUCUCUCCAGUUACAGAUUUUAGAGAAGCUACAUGUAGGCAAUAUGAAGAAAAUAUGUGUAACCGUGGUGGAUAUUGCAAUUUCAUGCAUUUGAAGAGGAUCAGUAGAGAGCUGAGGCAUGAACUGUUUGCAAUUUAUCGUCGAAGACAUAGUCGCAGUAGGAGCAGAAGCCGCAGUCCCUAUAGACAUCGGAGUUAUGAAGAACGCUCUUAUGGCAGGCAUGGUCAUAGUCGAAGGUAUGAUGAGAGAGAUGCUUAUUAUGAAAGUCGGGGUAUGAGGCAUAGGACCACAAGCCCUGGCCAUAGAAGCAGAAGUCGUAGUCCACGAGGAAGAAAGAACCGAAGUCCGGUUAGAGAAGGGAGUGAAGAGAGCCGUGCUAAAAUUGAGCAGUGGAACAGGGAAAGAGAACAAGGAAAUGAUAAUAAUGGGAAUUCUGAUAACAAAAAUAGCCAUGAGAAAAGCUACAGUGGUGAUGUGAAGUACUCAAAUCAAACCUGUGGCUAUGAGGAGCAGCGACAGCAACUGCCUCCUGAGCAAGGCUAUGGUUACUGAUCUGUUUACUUAAACUUAGGUACUACCAAGGUUUUGUUUGAGGUCUUGCAUUCAUUUGUUAAAAUUUUCAUAAUACUCUUAUCCCAAUUCGUGAGAGGUUGCUGGUUCUAGUGAUCUGAUCUCCCCAACCUCUCCUUGAUUUUUUUCUUUAGCUCUUAUCCCAAUUCGUGAGAGGUUGCUGGUUCUAGUGAUCUGACCAACCUCUCUUUGAUUUUUUUCUUUAGCUCUUAGAGUAGGUAACAGCAAGUAUUCCUGAUAGUGGAUUGGUCAGCUACAUGCACAGUAUAGAGAAAUUAAAAGAAAAAAAAUUUAGAAAAAGGGAAGAAAGGGGGAACUGUUUGCAAGAUAGAAGAAACACACGAAUUGGUGCUAGGAGAUGCAAGAAAUGAUCCUUGAGAAUCAAGUCUUUUCCCGUAUUUGAUGUCAACCAGUUUGUUUCCUUUGAUUUGUGGAAAGUUAGAAAAUGUGUAGAAGGAAACCCACUAGCUAACUAGAAGGUCUCUGUUAUGCUGUUCGAGUAAAUCUAAAAAACAUUAUAAUUACAGAAAAAGUCGUCGUAAAUCUUUCAACAUCCUCUUUUUCUUGACAGUGAUUUGUUCUUGGAUGCUGUUCGUCUUCUUAUAUUCAAAUCUCGUUAACAUGCAUCAAUUGCAUACUUCUAAUAUCCUUUAUUUUAUAGCAAAUGUAUACAUUGAUUUUACAGUCAGGGAUUAAGAGUGCUGCUCAUGGUGACUUGUGAACGAUCCCAUUAUCAUAUUACGGUUUCUUUUCCCUAUGGACUUCUUUGCAUUACCAUUUUGUUGAUAUUAAGAACAAAUGUGAUCUCAUCAUUAUCUAAGUUUUGCAGGUUCAGGUUGUUUCCCUGCUUCUAAAGUUGCCAAGCUAAGACGUGACCAUGAAAUUUUUGUACAGGUUAAUAUGGUCCACUGUGUAGGAUGAUUGGCUUUACAGGAUGUGCAGGUUAUGGCUUUAGAAGAACCUAGGAAGACGAGGCACGUGACGAAGAUGACAUUAGCUCACUUUGGGAGUUUUAACAUUGAUGUUGGUGGCCAUUGCAGGUUUGAAAUGAUGCAAACAUUUUGUAUUUGUUUUAUAUAUUGCUGUUUGAGUGGAAGAGAACUUGGGUUUGUGCAUGCCUUUUGUUUCCAUAUUUGAAAGAACAUUACGGUGAACAAGGUAUUUGUGAUGAAAUGAAUACUAUUAGGAUCUGAUUGGAUUGACUUAAGAAAAAAA